CUGUAUAUAUGAAAGAAUACUAGUAACAGCGUAAAUAAUCACAUGCAUUGCCUACAUGUUUGUCGGUCUCUAUGAAAUGAUAAUCAUUACUAUCAACAAGUGGACGUACAUAUACUAUUAAGAAUCAUUGUUUAAUACAUUUGCUUAUCAGUUGUCUGAAUCAACGACAAAUAAUUAAGGAAUUUUGAUAAGAUGGAAUCCAAAAAUAUAAAACCGGAACAUAGAUUUCAGAUGUUUUCGUACUUCGAUGAGUUCUACAAGGCGUCGUUCUAUCACUUUAUUGUGAGCGCAGUAUGUGCUGCUCUAUCUGCCCUCGGCAUGGAGUUCUCGAGGGGUUCAGACGGGAACACAAUUGCUUACUAUAUCCCGGCAAUGGUCCUGGCUGGAAUCCAUUUCUUGCUCACUGUGAUUGCACUGGUGUUGUUUUGUGUAACGAGGAGAUAUUCACUCAAUGCACGGGCUAGUGGUAGUGUAGAAGCUCACAGAGACUACUCCGUAACGAAAUUUCUGUACUAUUUUAUGAAUAUAUGUUCCAUGCUUUGGAGUAUAAUUGGUGCGGCUAUAACCGGAAGUACGGUAGGGUGUACAGGAGGAUAUCGUAGCAAGUGUCAUUACACCGUGAAUAUAGGCAUCAAUCGCGCUAUUGCCAUUAUCAUCAUUGUUAUUCACGUCUUGAAUUUAAUCCCUACGUAUUUCAUAAUUACAACAUUUCGAAAACCUACAAGACAAGGAGCACCCAGUUUACUUCCUAAAACAACAACAAGAACACCAAAGAACCUGAAACAAUCCAAAAGUAUAAAUAAAGACAAAAAGUUAGGAAGGGAAGAGAAUAUGAAUGAAAAUAAACGAAAUCAAGGGAACAUACCAUCUCAACGUAUCAAAAUGAUGUCACAAAAAACUAAUAGAUCUAGAAGUUUGGAAAUGAACUCAUUAUCUCGUUUAGUUCACAGAAAUGACCGGUAUUAUGAUGAUUCAUUGAUAGCAAGGCGCGUCCCUCAAUGUCCCACAGUUCCAAACGACAUUCCUCCAAAUGACGUCAAACCGCUUCCUAAAAGAAACAAGAAAUUACUUCUUCCGGCUGUGAGCAAGGUGAUUGUGCAGUUGAACAGUAGAAGAAUUAAACCCAGAGACGAAACGAGUGGUGGAACUCCGGCGUUUGUUUUAGCAGAGUCAUCAUCUUGCAGCUCUAACGAGGAAGGUCUGCAAAUAGAAGUCAAGAGAAAACCGGAUGUGUCUCCUCCACGUUUGCCACCGCCAUCUUAUAAUGACGUCAUUUCCUCAGAAGCGGGCACCAAUCCAUAUUGGCUGCCGCCUUUAUCCGAUGAGUAUUCGGAAGCGCAUAGAUUGCCUGAAAAUAUGUAUGUCGGGGAUUCGUAUCCGGAUACCGAAUUAGUAGCCAUACAACCAUCGAAAUACACCUAAUGAAACCUCGACCUUUUUCUAUAUUGAAUGUCCAUUUAGUAAAAAUCUAUGUGCAUGACAACUUGCAAAUGCUAAAUAUUUAACAAUGUUAGCCUUUAAAAAGCAAAGGUUAUUGGUGCGAGAUGAAAGACACAGAAGAAUCAGAGAAACACACUUUGUCGGCCUUUAUUCUAUAAACUCGAAGUGCCGUUAUUUCUGUAAAUGUUAUAUAAAUCAAUGCAUAGAUCUAUAAAAACGCCACCAGCGGCACUGUAUCAAAGCUGCCUAUGACCUACAUUACGGAGACACACCUCCUUCACUGCGGUCGAGCACGUUCAUUAAUGAUGUGGGAAGCCGAUAAUGAAAGUUGCUUUUGAAAGUCCCAUUUCUAUUAGUCAUUUUUUAUACAAGUCAUACUGUUUUUAUGUUUCACUUUGUUUAAAACAAUAUUUAUUCCACAUAAUUGCAUUUGUUACAAUCAGGAAGGUCUAAUACGUAGCAGUUGUUCCAGUUACAAUGUUACAUAUAUCAACAUGGAGGACUGAGUAGGAAGCUAUCAGCUUUUUUAGAAACUCUCUCCCUAUACAUAAUUUAAUUUCAACGGUUACAAAAUAAAUCAUCUAU